AUGCUACACAGUUUACUCAACUCGUCGUUUCGUGCCAAAGCUGGUCUUGCCCCGACUUCGUCACUCUCGCGACCGUCGCCCACCGCACGAUUCGAUUUCGACCUCGAUUCACUCGAGCAAAGGUGCGCAGCAAACCGUUCGCGAACUGCAGUUGAGGCAGUGCCCCGCGCCAGACAGCAAAGCCGAUCUUCGUACUGACGUUCUACAUUUGUCCCCCUGUGUAAAUUUUCACAGAAGAAUGGCUGAUACCAACGACUUUGUCCAACGUGACAUGAUGGAGGUCAUGACAUCGCUCACUCAGGAGAACGCACGCCUGCGCGCACUGCUCGGAUCGUCCGUCGCCGGCGAGGACACGCCCGCCGCUUCUGUCCAGAUCGCGGGGGCCGACCCCGUUUCAAAGCUUCCCGGAGCCUCCAGCAGGACUUCUACGAUCAUCGAGGAACACGAUCCGGUCGCAAUGUAUGCCGAACUCACCGCCGCCAAGGCUGCUCAAGCCGAACUCGCGCGAGAGGUCGCGAACCUGAGGGCGACCCAACGCGCGCUCGUCUCGUCUGCGACCGAGGACCAGUCUUCUGAGGUGUACCUUUUGCGCUCAUCCUUGGCCAAGCUUGCUUCAGAGCUUGAAACUGAGCAAGCGCGUGCUGCCGACAACGAUACUAAAAUCCGCGCCGAGCAGGAUCAAGUCGCGAUGCUCCGAAGCAAGCUCGACGAUCAGCGACGUAUGAUCAUGAGCCUGCAGGCCGCCGGUCCGCGUCGCACCUCGGUUGAAUCGCUCGGCCCCCCUUUCUCUUCCACGGGUCGUCGAUCCUCUUUUCUCGACAGCGCUCCCCGGCGCAAGUCGUCGCUCGGCCUCAAUCCCAACGGUACCACUGUCGCCCAUGCCCCCUCCAACCCCGGCCUCGGACUUGCUGUCGAAUCCCCGCAGCCGAAUCCUCCUUCCAGCCCGAGCUCGGCUCGAUCCUUCGCUCUGCAACGGUUGGCCCAGCGCCGUAGUUCAGCCAGGCUCCACGCCGCCUCCGAGCUGAUGCUCGCGGAGGAUGACCGGACGAACCGCCUGCGCGAGCUUCGUCUCGGGCUAACGACGACCAAGAUCGCCAGCCGUCGCUCCUCGCUCGUCACCGGCGUACCCGACUUCAUCGGUGCCGGUAAUUUUGACUUUGAUCUUGAGCACGGCCGCCAAUCGAGUUCGAGCCUGCGUGGUCGCCAUGGCUCGGCGAUCGAAGAUGACUCCUCGUACCCGCCCUCAGCACCACUCCGCGCUGCCGGGCGCAAGGACUCGGUCGCUGUCUUCGAAUCGUGGAGUCGACGGUCUUCUUCAAGCGAAUUCGCCAAUGCCAACUACGAGUCGUACCUUGCGCAACAAGCCGUCCUCGACGCCGGUCACGAAGACGAAGUGGCCGAUAUUGACGACCUGCGCCUCCAUUUGCAAGGGCUGCGCAUUCGUCUCGCAGAGGCCGAGGAAGGCCGCCGUGCGUCCGAGAUGUGCGUACAAGCUUUGCGUGACUUUAUCGUCAAACAGAGCAGUUCUGUUGAGGGUAUCCUUGGAGAGCUCUCCCUGCCACCGAUGCCGAGUAACUCGACAACACACGACGCCGACGAAUACUGUGCGCGACGGUCUUCGAUGCCCGGUGCCAAGGCAGUCGUCCCCGUCGCCUCGGCAUUGCGUUCGUCGUUCUCGGAUACCUCUGCCAACAACACGAAUCGCAAGUACACGUCAGAGGACGCCGAGGAUUCCAGCUCAACUCGCCGCGCUUCGGCCGUGUCCAACUCGUCGAGCUCGACCUACCUUGACCGCCCCAAGGCCGCCCGCCCCGUUGGGGUCGUUUUCGCCAGGCCCGCCAUCGGUGACCGGUCCGUCUCGGCCCCUCUCUUCAGUGGAUCUUUCUCCUUCGCCGCUCUAGCUCCUGCGACGGCACAAAUCCAAGGCGAUACCUCCCCGACAAUGAGCUCCCCUUACAGCCCGGAGACUGAAACGAUGCCGACCUUCGGCGUCUUGCCCCAUCACCUUUCUAGUGACAGUUGCCUGUCCGACGCCGACGAGAGCCUUUUGUUCCGUCGACCACGAAUUCACAGGUCACCCGAGUCAUCAGCACCGAGCUUGACUUGCUCUUCCGGCGCUUCGGAAUCGAGUGACGAUGACUCAAGGGCACCUUCGCCCAUGGUCCCCGGGAAUGACAUGGGCGAACCCGUUGGACCGUGCAAGAUUGUCGAGUUUGCCGAAUCAAUUGGGAUCACCGAGGUCGCGCUCAAUGCCUACCCUCUCCAAGGCGGUCUCUUUGCCACCGACAAGCCCUCGCCGACAAAUUCGAACGGCACCGUCACUCCGAUCAUGAGGCUCGCCUGA